AUUGCAGCCCAGAAAACCCUUCCCAGCGGAGAGAUCGCUGGGGGGGGAACAAACAUGAUGCGCCACGUCUAUCCACUGCCCACCGACGAGGCUGCUGUGUGGCCGAGAGCCGAACAAAUCUUCGGUCACAACCGGCUGCACCUAGGUCGGCGCAUCUUGGACAGCGGGUUGGGAGUGACCUGGGGUGACGGGCAACAUUGGGUUGAAGUGAACGAACCAACGUCUCCCCGAGGCAGCAUCUGGCACUUGAACAGAGUCUGCUGGCUGUCCGUGCAUGCCACGGUACCCGCUCCGCCGCCCGGAUGCUAUGCGGGAUUCUUCAGAAUCAGGCAGCCGAUCCAACGGCGACCCUUGCUUCGAUUUUCAGCGGAGUGGAAGGUCGCUGCCACCAUGGCGGUUCGCCCGGCGGGGGAUGAUUUCGGUUUUCUCUCGACCACCGACUCCCAGCGCGCUGAAGGGGUGCGGCAGGAUGGCGAGGCCUCUGUUUCGUGGAUUCAUCGUCAAGAGUACCACGAAGACAACCCCGGGGGGUGGCUCCUGUUGCACAUCGGGAACAUCAUGGUGCGCGAGUCCUCUGAGGCACAGCAGAGCGCCGCGGCCACCGAAGGCGGGGCGAGCAGCGCUACCAUCGGCACCGGUGGCCCAGCCGUGGGAAAUCGCGGAAGGGACGUUGCGAUAAGCUUCGGGGGGGAAAAUCCCAAUUGGAUGAGCAACCUAGAGGUGGACUUCGCGGCGAUCGCGCCGCUCCGGCUCUCGUGGGAUAUCGAGCGAGUGCUAAUGAUCGGCAACAGAAAAACCGAUGCCAUCCUCCCCCCCGCCGAGCUCGGGCAGGCACACGAAGAGGGGCUGGAUCGAGCUGUCGAGGCGGCACCUGAUGAUGGCGGCAUUGGUUCGCACCUCUGCUGUAGCCCGCUUGCGCUCCUUCCGCAUGCUGUGAUGACACUAGUGUUGGAGUUUUCGCAGCCGACGCUGGAUGCAGUAGGUGGCCCGAUAUAGUGGCAUAUAGGGGCAAGAAAGAGGAUAACAUGCCACUAUUCAGAGCAGUGCCAAUAAAGGUGUGGGCAACGGUAACCACAUGACAAACGAAGACCCUGCCCAUCACGUGUGAGAUGACACUUGAUCGUCCAAGUGGCCACGAGGCCUGUGCUCACAACCUACCUUUGUGUCACUUAGACUGCGGAACAAUGUCCAAACGCAAAGCAGCAAAGUCUCACUUUUGUUUUGGUCGGGUUGGCCCUGUAAGAUGGGGUGCAACACAAAUAAAAUUGUGCCCCGGGUUAGAAAAUUGGAACCGGGUACCGGGUGGGGUCUCCGGGGUUGGAACCGGUCGGGUACCCGGGCACCUGGGCGCCGAAAUACCCGGGUACCGUAGGUUGCAUGAGAUAUCACACACCCUGGACGGACCAAAACUCGAUCACUACACGACGAAGAGGAUGCCAAAAUUGUAGUACACGUUUUCGGAAAGCUCUCAACGAAGCGGCCCCAACGCCACCAUUUUCCCAUUUUCGGCACCGUCACUGCUUUUCCU